AGUGCAAGUGUGAACCGUGAGUGAAUGUCUCGGCCCCUUGGGUACCCAGAAGCUAGCUCGAGCCUGUAGGAAGAAGAAGAGUUACAGAGCAUGAUUCCUCUAACGAAUUGAAAUAAACAUUCAGAAGAAAAAUAAAGUAAAGUUAAACUAAAUAAUGAGUAAAGUAAGCAAGGGAAUGCAGCUUUGCACCUCAUAAGCAGUGUAGUGUGCCCGCAACUGUGUUUGUGGAUUGAGCGCUUAGGAAUCAGAAACCAGGAACCAGACGACAACGUUAGCGAGGUGUCACAAUUUCGAAAUGGAUCGUCAGACUCUUGUGGAAGCUAUUGAAACUGGUAACGACAAAAUGGUGCGAAGCUUACGGUCGCUGGGUCGUACCGUAUCCACAUUCUGCCUGGGAUUCUCCCUGGGGAUAGUUCUCCACGUCUUCGUCGCCUUCACAGUCGAGAUGAGCAGCGUGCGGAGAGGCGCCCAAAUGAAUGAGCCGUGGGAGGACGAGUACAACGGGAGCAGUUCAGCAGAAAACCAGAUUUCGGGUUCGAAAAAGUCGCCUCAAGACGGUCCUCGAGUUCUGUGUUACAUCCUGACUGGUCCCACAACCCACCAGACGGCUCUCCACGUGAAAAACACUUGGGGUCAACGAUGCGACAAAACCGUCUUUUUCAGCACGCAGAGCCACGAGGAGCUUCAGCCAGAGAUCCUGGACAUACCCGAAGGAUACGUGUACCUUUGGGCGAAGACGAAGGCUGCCUUGACCCACCUUCACCGUCACUACCCGUCCUACGACUGGUACCUGAAGGCUGACGACGAUACCUUCGUCAUCGUUGAGAAUCUCAGAUAUUUUCUUCUGGAUAAGAACCCGGACGAACCCGUUUAUUAUGGAGUCAAGUUCAAGAAACUUGUCAAGCAGGGCUUCAUGUCCGGCGGAGGAGGGUACGUGUUGAGCAGGGAGGCCGUCAAGAAAUUCGUGGUGGAGGGUCUCCAGAUGGCGAAUCAAGCACUGUGCCCUUCGAUGGACAGCAAAGGUGUUGAGGACGUCAACUUGGGGAUGUGUAUGGAAGCCAUCGGAGUGAAAGCAGGCGACAGUCGCGAUGCGUUCGGGAAGCCCAGAUUCUUCUCGCACAAUCCCAUGUCGCUUUUCUACAAGGCGCCACUCAUCAACAAAUUCCACUGGUACUGGAGGUACCUUUGGUAUAAGCACGAUGUGGGGCCAGAUUGUUGCAGUCCUCACAUCGUAACUUUUCACGACGUCGAGCCCAGAAUGAUGUGGACGCUGGAAGGUUUGUUAUACCGGAUGCAAAUCCACCACGAACUGCAGCCAAAGGCGCUGAACACCUCUACCUCACCGUCCAUUGCGCAGGCGCCGCCGGCAUCUUCUUCCUCGAAUCCAGGAUAGGACUUCUGGUCUGAUUCGCUCUCCCUCUUUUCUUCAUUCAUUAUCGUUCCGCCACAGCAACUUGAAAUUCUUUUAUUUCUCGACAUCGCGUCUGUUUCUUUUAUCAGUUGUAAUAUUAUUUAUUAUGUGCUGGUUUACCAGAUCUUUCAUUGUUUUUGUAAAUGUUUGUCAUUUUGUGGGCAUUAUAUAUAUAAAGAAGA